UGUCCCAAAAAAGUAUGACAUCAUAAUAAAACAUUUUUAGUUUCAUGCUUUUAUUUUUUGUGCUCAUUUUGAAACUUUUUUAACUUUAUACAUGUCAGUAAUGUCUGUUUUGAAUCACUUCAGGGACAACUGUAAAAAAAACAAAAAAAUCAUUUUUACACCUUUAAUUUUAAAAAUUACUAAAAAAUAGAAACAGUGGUUUUUGUUGACAUUGUUACUAGGUACGUAUUUUAAUGACAAUUUUAAUGAAUACAUAUCGAAGAUCUAACGGAUUAUGUCUGUAUACCAAUUUUUAUAUAAUUAUCAUUAUUAAAACUUCCAAUAAUAUGGGGAUUAGACGGAACAGCGUGUAUAAUUAUUACAAUUUUUACUAAAAUCAGCGUAAUAUUUUAAUUAUUAUUUAAGUGAUAUUUCCAUUAUUAAAAUGCAAUCAGUUUUGAGGCAUAAACCUGUUCCACUUUGCGGUAAAUUUGUUCAUUAAUCGCUUAUUUUGUGAAAACUGUUAAAGGCAUGAUGACGAAGAAUAUGUUUAGUUUAUUUAUACUGAUGAUUUUUGUAAAUUCCAACGUAUUGGCUUUAGAAAUUGAAGGCAGAAGGUGUUUUGUCCAAAAGACUCGCCAAGCUGGAAUAUGUAUGAAUGUUGAUAACUGUGAUUACGCUAAAGAUUUGCUAAAGCAAAAACCGUGGAAGCGUCCACAACAUUGCGGCGAGUUCAUUGGAAUAUACCCUCUAGUGUGUUGUCCUAGACCGAGGAGUGAAAUUGUUUGUCAAACAUUUCACCCACCUAAAGAACCUUGCAUUAAACCCGAAAUUUCCGGCGGCGAAAAAUCCUUAUCAAAGGAAUUCCCUCAUAUGGCAGCUCUAGGCUAUGGCGAAAAAUCUAGCAUUAUGUGGUUUUGUGGAGGCAGCUUAAUAAGUGAAAAGUACAUUUUAACAGCCGCUCAUUGCAUCAAAACUAAAAACUAUGGUAUGGUCAGAUGGGUGCGCCUCGGUGAUCUAGAUUUAGCAACGGACAAGGAUGACGCCCAACCUCAAGAAUUCAGAGUAAUGCAAACUCAUCUCCAUCCAAAAUAUAAAGCUCCAAGUCACUAUCACGAUAUUGCUUUAGUGAGAUUGGAUCGUUCGGCUCGAUUUAGCGACUAUGUCCAGCCUGCAUGUCUUCACACUGAAAGACCAGUUCCACGAGAUAUGAGUGUCACAGGCUGGGGCAAAGCUGAAAUCGCUGGAAGUCCUAGCAGUCAUUUACUCAAAGCUGAUAUUUACUACGUCAAUCACACGACUUGUGCUGCGGCACAUGCCAGUGUCAAGCAAACCAGACUUCCUAAUGGAAUUCUAAACGAUAUUCAAUUAUGUGCCGGACAUCCUGAAGGAAGAGAUACUUGUCCGGGCGACUCUGGCGGUCCACUUCAGUACAAAAUCUAUAAAUUGUCUCCACAUUUUCGAAUUGUUGGAGUUACGUCGUUUGGCAUAGCUUGUGGUAUUUCUAAAAGUGCAGUUUAUGUAAGAGUGUCAGAAUAUAGCGAAUGGAUCGAAGAUAUUGUAUGGCCUGCCAAAUAUUUUGACCCAUAUGGAGGGCUAUAAGCAAUCAAUUAUUUAUUUUGGCAAUAAAGUGGGCUUGGUAUAAGAGAAGUAAAUAUUGUAUUCCUCUCGAAAAAAACUGAAAUGAUAGUAUAGUUAUGUCAUGGAAUUGAUGUUGAAUAAAUCUACAUAUGGAAUCAUCC